CUUCAUCCUUUGGAGUCUCUAUUUAUAUAGACCAAACUCCCCAUGAUGAGUACUAGCAAAAAUAGUCUAGAAAAUGGCAAAUCAUUCGACAAUUUUUUCGAAUCAUGGCUCAUUAAAGAGAAUCAAGAUUUGAAUCAGCUUCUAUGUGUCUCGAAAGACGACGACAACAACAAUGACAUGAUAUUGUCGCCUUUAAUUCACAAAGUGGAGAAACAUUACGAAGAAUAUUAUAAAGAGAAAUCGCGAUACGCUAAUAGUGAUGUUUUAGGCAUGUUGAACCCUUCAUGGAUAAGUAAUCUUGAAGAUGCAUUUUUAUGGAUUGGUGGAUGGAGGCCUAGUAUGGCUUUUCAUUUGUUAUACUCAAAAUCAGGUAUCCAACUUGAAGCUAAUCUUCAUGAGUUAAUUAGAGGAUUUACUACAAGAGAUUUGGGAAGUUUAACUGGUAAUCAACUUGGAAAAAUUGAUGAGUUACAAAAUAAGACAAUAAGGGAAGAAAGAAAGUUAAGUGAAAAUUUAGCAAAAGUUCAAGAAAGUGUGGCAGACGCAUCAAUGGUUGAACUAUCACAUGUUGUGAGUGAAUUAAUGAGGGAAGAAACAGGCCAAGUUGAUGAUGAAGAGGAAAAUAUUAAGACAAAUAUUGGUAAAAAAGAGGAAAGUUUAUUGGAAUUGUUGAAAAAAGGUGAUGAUUUAAGGUUAAGGACAAUUAAAGAGAUUUUAAGAAUUUUGACACCAAGUCAAGGUGUUCAUUUCUUGAUUGCUGCUGCUGAACUUCAUUUGAGGAUUCAUGAAUGGGGUAAGAAGAAAGAUGCUGAUGUUUCUCACAACAAAUGGUCAUGUCAUACAAAUUCUGAGGGGACAUCUGUCAAAAAUUAGUGAUUUUCAGAAUGAUACAGAGAACAUCAACAUGGUUGGUAUUUGUAGUUUUAUUUCUGUUUAUGCAGAGAAAUUAAGAGUAUUAAAAAUCUUUUUUUUGACUUCUUUACUUUAGUUCUGUUGCUGCUGCAGAGCCGUGAUGAUACAUUAUUCGGACUUUUCAAAAAUACCGUCGAGUGUAUUAAAUCUGACACAAAUACGAAUAUUUUUAGAGAGUUCGAGUAACAUAGCUGAUUUUGAAUUCUAGUAUAGAAAGAAGAUGUUUAGACCCUUAUGUUAUUGCUGUCUUUUGCAUAUAGUAGGCUAGGAAGUUUUUAGCAAAUCAUGUAUUCUCUUUAUGUUAUCUUAUAUGAUAGUGUUUUGACUAAACAUGAAA